AUGGAGAAGCUCAAGUCCUCGUUAUCGAAGAAACUGAAGGAUAUCGGUAACUCCUUCUCGGAGGAUGUUAACAUGGAUGAUGUGUCCGAUUUUGUGGCUUCUCCUUACGAAGGUCCAUCAGCAAGCCUCACCACUGAUGCGAUUGCUGCAGCACCGGUUGUUUCGCGUGGUGCAGUUGCAACAACUCCGAUAAGUGACGAUGACAUCAUUGACAGUAUCCACGCUUAUUACUUUGUCGAAGACGAUUUCGAUGCAGUCGACUACGAAUUGAAGAAACUUUCCGGGUUUGACUUGCGUUCGGAAGAUGUACUUCGCGAACGUAUGCGAUUGAAAUCGCAACUGCAAGUAGUUUCGAGGAAGAUAUCAACGUUGAUAAUGGAAAAAUCGCCUUCAUAUGGAACACAACUUGAAGAUCUGGAUAAUAUAAGGGAUAGCUUGAAGGAGCUGAUACGCCUAAUCCAUACAAUACGACGGGCUCUCGCAGGUGCUCGUUCGAAAAGUCGAACAGCGUUAUCGAUUCUAGCUUGUGAGAAGAAGAAACAGAUGCUGAAGACUCUUGUUUAUGCCUUACGCAUUAUUAAAACGCUUUAUGAGACAGAAUUUCAUCUUAAGGAUACAGUAGAGGAUGGCAAUUUUCCACUUGCUAUUCAAAUAUGUUUGGAGGCAAAGGAAGCUGCCAACACCUAUCAUCGCUUUUCUUGCGUGAGUGACCUUAUGACAAAGUUGGUUGGUUCUACGAGUCUUAUUGAAAAUGCUCUCGACAAUGCCUUAGCGGCUCACACAGUUGUUUUUGACCAAGAUCGCUAUUCAUCCGUGUAUUCCGCGUAUAUCAUGCUUAACAAAGUCGAGAUUGCUUCGAAAAAACUUGUCGGACACUUCAUGACCACGUUGAAGAAGUCAUCACAGAAGAUCGUUGAAGAAAAAUGUAGAGGUUGCGACAAAGAACGCUUUACCGAUCUUAGUUUUGAACAGUUAUGUCAGCGUAUCGAUGGAGAGCAAAUAGUUCCUACACUUCGUGAAAUCGGCUAUGUUUUGUGCAAGAUUCUGUACAUUUACCACUCUAUUUUACGAUAUCACAUCGAAGAUGACGAUCAGAGACGAAUGAGCAAUGCUGGUGAAGAUCUUGUGCCGGGUGUCGUUGCACACCAGUUGACGACGUCAAUGCGUACAGUUUUUGAAGCAGCAUUAUCAAGGAUAAAUUCACUAUUGUGCUGUCAGGACUUUUCAACACUGAAGUUCGACCAGCUUCUUGACAUUGUAGACAUGACGAACAGGUUCCGUCUUUUCGGUCGUACAUACUUCGUUCAUUCUUCGAACGAUCUUAUUGUAUCGUUGGAAAAACAAGCUGUUUCCUAUUUCACUCGUUAUCAUUCGGAGAGAAUGGAAGAGUUGCGAAUGUUUCUUGAGAACGAAUGUUUUACAAUAUGUCCUGUUUCACAUCAAUUCACCAUAUUUGAUCUACAGGACUUCUCGUUCUUGGAAGAGUCUCGCCAAUCAGAAGCCGAUCCUGUUGUACCCUUGUCGGAGGCAGUCGUCGAACAGGCUGGAUACGUGCUCAUUCCUACCAAUUUUUCAAACCCAUUUGCUGCUGCAGAACUGAAGUCACGAAAAAACUCGCAAAAGCAACCGCCGCCACCAGGCGAAACCGAAGAGGCGAGCAUGGAAAACGGCUUCAUGGAUAAGAACGAAAUGCUAGAUGCAAAUCCGAAUCUCUGCAACACGGCACUUACUCUCCUUCGAUUUUUCGGCCGAUAUAUACGCAUGACGUCAUUAUUGCCGUCAAUCGCCAACUAUUCUGUCCCUGCACUCACUCAUCUCUUCGAGUAUUUCUUCUACUCCGUUUGCAUCUUUUUUGCAUCAGAUGGCUCAGAGCAUAUGGAAACCCAUUCGAGGAUAGAAGCUAUCCUAGGAGAUAUCAGCGCUCGUGUGCAAGGAUACGAAGUAGAGAACUCAAAUAGAAUGUUUGAUAAGGAUAUGCGAUUGGUUGCUGUGAAACCUUCUUCAGGAUUAGACCUUAAUCAUGUAGACAAGCUCUUCGGCAUCGUUGAGAGGAUUGUUGCAGUAGAAUCCGUGGAGUUCGUAGCACGUCAACUUGACCUUGUUCGGCCAGUUAUGGAGUCUCUUAUUCCUCCCGCAAAUGAACGAAUUAUAUCUCAACUGGACCAAUUUUAUGCCAAGGUUCUUUCGGCGGUCCCAGAUGCACGCUGUCUUGUGUUCGACUGCGUUGCAAGCCGUGCACUUAAGCUUCCUGUGCUUGUCACUGCAGUUUCGAAUACAAAAUGGGAUGUGAAUGAACUGCAAAGUCGUCAUAGCUCCUACAUCGAUUUUCUAAUAAAGGAUUUUGAAGCGUUUUCACUUCGCUUGGAUCACGUUGCUGAAUGCGUUCAUCUCAGUGGUACUGCUCGUGCUCUUUUGUGGGACCGCACUAUCUAUUACACGUUCAAGGCACUUGUGCAAGGAUACUGUGAAGGAGGAAAAUGCUCAACAGAAGGAAGGGCACUAAUGCAGCUCGAUUUUCAGCAUUUGCUGUUGAAGUUAGAGCCACUGUGCAACCUUCAUCCUGUACCCCAUGCUAAUUUCGUCGAAGGCUACAUAAAAGCAUUUUAUUUGCCUGAGAACGGAUUAGAAGAAUGGAUCAGCAAGCAUUCGGAGUAUACAGCAAAGCAAAUAAUUUCCCUGCUUGAUGUUGCCACUCAUGUUUCAAAGAAGGCGAAAACAAGAAUAAUGGGUGCUCUCAACGACUGA